AUGUCCAAUAAGGGAUUCUCCCACAUCGGCCUCUCCACCCAUGACCUGGAUGCAACCCGCGACUUCUACGAAAACAUUCUCGGCUUCGAGGUGGUUCGGUGCGACACCAUCAAGAUCCGGCAGGGCGGCAACAUCCGGCACAUGUUCGUUGACGUUGGCCGCGAUCAGUUGGUUGCGUUCAUGGAGCCCAACAACAUCCCCGGCCUGCCCGACGACUUCGACACCGGCAUCAACAAGGGGCUGGGUAUCCCCGGCGUUUUCUACCACUUUGCCUUCGAGGCAGGUAACCUUCACGAGCUGAACGCCAAACGCGAGGAACUGACCGGCAAGGGCGUGAAGGUCACCGACAUCGUGGACCACGAGUGGGCCAUGUCCAUCUACUUCACUGACCCCAACGGCAUCUCGCUGGAGUACUGCUGCCUGACCCGCGACGUUGGCACCCUGGACGACGUCACUUUCCAAGAGAGGUUCGAGCGGUCAAUCGAAAUCCGCAACGGCGAACCGGUCUUCGUCCGUGAUGUCCAGCCCGAUCCGCUGGAAGCCGUGCUGGCCGACGACUAG